CCCUUCCUAUCAUAUCUUUUCAAUACUCUAUUUGACCCUCACAAAACUAAACUUAUCCCCAUUUUUUGCCUCCACAAUGCCCAAAAUUAUACUCUUCCUCUUCCUCUUCAUCUUACUUGCUUCAUCACUACCACUCUUACAAGGUUCAAGAAUUCAACCAUUAAUUCCUCAUUCUCAAAGGGUUUAUCAGGGUUCGAUGCACUACUACGUGAAAAAGAAUACGAGAAGAUUGAUGAUAGGAUCAGUGGCUCCAACUUGCACUUACAAUGAAUGCAGAGGAUGCAAGUACAAAUGCAGAGCAGAGCAAGUUCCAGUUGAAGGGAAUGACCCAAUGAAUAGUCCUUACCACUACAAAUGUGUUUGUCACCGCUAAUUCUAUUCGUGUCUCACACACCAGCACCCUAACAAGAUUUGAAAUUUUCGUCUUCUUUUUCUGGUUUCGGUGCCUUGAAUUUUUGUCUUCUAUAUAGUGUAAUAAUGUUGAAUUUCAUUGAAUCAUUAUUCCUUUUUUCUUCAAAUGGAAAAGAGAUUUUUGCA